AUGCGGUUUCGGUUCCAGCAGUUCAGGUUCUUCGGGGCGCCGCGGGCGGGCGCGCGGUGGCGCGCGCUUGUGCCGCCGGUGCUGAUGCUGCCGGCGGCGGCGGCGGCUUCGCGGCAGCUGCUCGCGCCGGUGCGCUGCGACGCGCUGCUGCCGGACGCGCGCGGCGACACAUACGAGAUGGGGCUGUACCUGGCCUCGCAGCGGGAGCUGCGGGAGGCGCGGGAGCGGCGGCGGGAUGGGCGCGGGCGCGGCGGCGUGCUGCGCGUGCUGCGCAUGCUGCUGUACGGGCUGCACGACGCGGUGGUAGAGCCCGUGCGCACGGUGCUGCGGCUGCUGCAGCUGUCGGCGGUGUUCGUGCCCGUGCUGCUGGCGUUCCCGGUGACGCUGGUGGGGCGGACGGUGCGCGCGGGCAGCCACGGGGAGCGCAGCGAGACGCAGGGCGCGCUGUUGUGGUACCGGCUGGUGCGCAAGGCGCUGGAGUGGGCGGGGCCCAGCUUCAUCAAGCUGGGGCAGUGGGCGGGCUCGCGCACGGACAUCUUCUCGGAGGGGCUGUGCGCGGAGCUCGGGCGGCUGCACAGCAGCGCCAAGCCGCACGGGCUGCAGUACACCAAGCGGGCGAUUGUGGAGGCGCUCGGCGUGCAGAGCUUCGAGGAGGUGUUUGAGGAGUUCCGGGAGCAGCCGCUAGGCUGCGGCGCGAUUGCGCAGGUGUAUGUGGGGAAACUGCGCGAGGAGCUAGUCCGGGCGAAGGGCGUGGACCUGGGCCCCGGCGGCAACCGGUGGUGCGCGGUUAAGGUCGUGCACCCGCACGCGGCCCGGCAAAUCAGCCGCGACCUGCGCCUGAUGCGGUUCUUCGCGGCGGCAGUGGACGCGUUGCCCACGAUGGAGUGGCUGUCGCUGCCCGCCGAGGUGGAGCAGUUCUCGAUUCUGAUGAACAUCCAGCUGGACAUGCGCAUCGAGUGCAACAACCUGGCCAAGUUCAACGAUAACUUCCGCGGCCACACGCAGAUCCGCUUCCCGCGCGGGUUUGUGGAAUUAACGUCGCGCAGCGUUCUUUUCGAAGAGUACAUCGACGGCUUCCCCAUGGAGGCCUUCCUGAAGGUCAAGAACCGCAUUGGCGACACCUCCCUGUGCCAGAAGGUCAGCGAGCCGUUUAUUUCGUCUUUCCUCAAGAUGAUGAUCCUCGAUGACUUCAUACACUCGGACCUGCAUGCAGGCAACGUGAUGCUGCGCUUCGUGCGCACCGACAAGCUCGAGCGCCACAUUCUGUCGCCAGAAGACGAAACCUCGGAUGUGGUCCGCCGCCUGGUCGGCAUGCAUCGCGACCACGACCCCGGCUUCGACGUUGCCCUGCGCGAGGUGCUCAGGGACUACACUCCGCAGAUAUGCUUCAUCGACACCGGCCUCAUCACAGAGCUCAACGAACGCAACCGUACUAACUUUAUCGCUCUGUUCAAUGCCCUAGCACAGUUCAAUGGCCGCCGUGCCGGCGAGCUCAUGAUAGAGCGCUCGCGCACGCCGGAGACAGCCGUCGACAAGGACGCCUUCGCCCUGAAGGUCGACCGCCUCGUCAAGACCGUGAAGCAGCGCACCUUUACGCUCGGUACCGUCUCAAUAGGCGACCUGCUUGAGCAGAUGCUAUCCAUGGUCCGCACACACCACGUGCGCAUGGAGGGCGACUUCGUUUCCGUGGUCGUCGCUAUUCUACUGCUCGAGGGCAUCGGUCGCCAACUCGACCCAGAGCUCGAUCUCUUCGCAAGUUCUAUACCGUUCCUACGUGAGUUCGGAAUGCGCCGCGAGAACCAGCGCAUGCUGCACGACAUGGGUCGUUGGCCGAUGCUCAAGGUUUGGCUGGGUCUGGAACUACGCCAGCUCAUGACGCUAUCCGUGCGUAUCAUCAAUGACCUCGUUAAAACGGAUCAGCUAUGUCCUAGCUACUGA